CCUGUUUGAGGGAGAGAGGGAGAGAGGAGAAAUGUGAGUGCUCAGAGAGAGAGAGAGAUUCCACCUACAUGGAGGCAGUGUCUCACCAGGCAGUUUGCGAGCACUUUGUGCCAGCACCCAAGUUUCAGUGACUCAUUCUGAUUCAGUGCUGGCAGGUACAAGACCGACUCCUGCUGCUGGAGGAUCCGAGGGAGCAUUCAGCUCAGCGACAACUUACUCACUGCCUCCCAUGUGCAAGGCGAGAGCAUGGAGACAACACUGGCCUAGGAAGUGGCACCCCCAUGCCCUCUCCCAGCCAGGCUCGAAGGGGGUCCUGUACCCCUCCAGACGGGCAGUCUCAGCUGUCAUUCAGAGCGCCCUCAGAAUGCAGUGUGUGUGGAGCUGCUACUAUCUCCCCGUCCUCCCUCCCCGAGGUUUAAGUUUAUCAUCUGCAGCACAUGCAGUUCUGGUGUCAGCAGAGGGGACUGAAGGAGGCCCCAACAGCCCAGGAGCAAUUAGCAACCAGAUAGCUCCGAGUUCCACUGGCUGCACUGAGGCCUGGAAACCACAGAGGGACGUGCCUGCUGAUGGAGGACCCUGAGAAGAAGCUGAACCAGAAGAGUGACGGCAAACCCCGGAAAGUACGAUUCAAAAUCUCUUCCUCCUACAGUGGCCGAGUGUUGAAGCAGGUCUUCGAAGAUGGGCAGGAAUUAGAAUCGCCAAAGGAGGAAUACCCUCACAGUUUUCUCCAAGAGUCCCUGGAACCCAUGGAUGGUGUUUAUGGGUCUGGGGAAGCCCCCAAGCCCCGAUCCUACUCCCCUAAGCUGACUGCUCAAAGGAUCAGCGUGUUCAGAGAGGGCAAUGCCUAUACGUUGGCGGGCAGCCAGCCUUUCUUCAACGAUUACAAGACAAAUGACCAUAAGUCCCCACCCAUUAUAGAUUUUGGAAAGAUAAUCAUCUACACGAAUAACCUGAAAAUCAUUCGAACCCCAAUGGACAAGAGAGACUUCAUGAGGAAAAUUCUCCAGAAGGAAGGGGAGAUCGAGGAAGAGUCUCUGAUGAGCAAAGAGGAAAUCUAUGGAGACAGCGACCAGAAUGACGGGCCUUUGGCGGAGACGGAAAGCACGUUCCCGCACAACCAGUACCCCCAGGAAGGGGAGCUUCCAGAUGACAACUGUUUUCACUGCCGAGGCUCGGGCAGUGCCACCUGCUCUCUGUGCCACGGCAGCAAGUUCUCCAUGCUGGCCAACAGGUUUAAGGAGUCCUAUCGGGCCCUGCGAUGCCCUGCCUGCAACGAGAAUGGCCUGCAGCCCUGCCAGAUUUGCAAUCAAUAGCCCGCGGCUUUGAAUGUCUGCCUUUAUCGCAUCCUCUCUAACGUUAUUUCUAAUAAACUGCCCCCACCCUCCCUCUCCCAGCGAGGAAGCCACAGUGGCUGCGCUGGCUUCCACCGCUGGCAAAACACAACCACCCUCAGCUACUUGAUGACAUUUCACGAGGCUGAUAACAUCUCCAUGUGGGUCUAAGUGGCAGAGGCAUUUUCGAAUUAGAGUCGGCUUUGAAACUGGUUCUAAAAUUAUCCUUCCAGGAAUGUGUACGUGCAUCUCCCUUGACUUAGCUCAGUUUCCUCCUUGCGCUAGCGAACCAAUAAAGGUCCCUUCCAGGCAGCAGGGUGAAGUCAUUUUCUGGCUGGGAGUGAUUUUGCAAACUUUUGCAGCGAGAAGGGAAUGAAAAAGGCAGGUGUCUGAGGGACUGAAUUCCUGUUGCUUAGAAUGCAUUUCAAAGCGUCAUUGGUCAAAUUGAAAUUUUAAUUAAGCAGCAGAAGGGAGGGAUGCCCAAUGUCCCAGGGCACUUAGCAGGCCACUGAAAACAAAACAGCAGGUACGUGCUUCGUGCUGAAGAUAGGCUGGCCGAGGAGGCAUUUCUUUCAAAGCCCCAGUCCCUCCUGUGUGAUGGGCGGGGGUGACUCCCAUGCAGGUGACAGCAGUGCUCCUUAGGACAAGAUGAGACCAGACAUGUCUGUGUGCCUCCAAACUACUGAGGAUAGAAGCCAAGUCAAAGCUUUCCGUGAUAAAUUUGGUGCUUUAGUACUUGUGUGUGAUAUCACUUCUUCCAGCCUCUGAAUUAUUCCCAAAUAAAUCUAUUUUAAGUGUAAGAUACAGCCACGAUCUCCUCGUAGAAGACUCUGGAUGUUCUCUAGGCAUCUACUGGAAACCUGGAAAAGAAAAGCCAACCAAGGCCGAUUUUUAGCAAUGAUCUUUCUGCUGUCUGUGAAUACACGUACAAAGGGUCAAUCUUUCCUCUUAAAGUUGGUAUAAAAUUAGAAAAAUGCUUUUGUUAAUGGACUUUGUAGCCCAGUCCCCUUGAAAUAACACUGUAAAAUGUUAUCUAUUGAGAUGCGUUGCUUUUCUAUGAUAAUUAUUUGGAUUUUCAUAACAAUUUUUUUCAGGAUUUGUUUGUUAGCCUGUGAUAUCCAGCUAUUAAAACCCACCAGUGGAACAGUACUUGUCAGGCACUAUAAUAACACUUCUAAUAAAAAGAUUAAAAUAUUC